AUAACAUUAUUUUUUUUCCCCAGACUUGAACUCUCCCCCUUUGGAGUGAAAGUCUGCAUAAUAGAGCCAGGUUACUUCCGAACUGCAAUCACCAACAUGAAAACCUUUCAAGAAAACUUCAGGAAAAUCUGGGAGCACCUUCCAGAAGAAACCAAGGAAGUGUAUGGAGAGAGUUAUUAUAAUUCAAUGAUUGAAGAAACCUCUAAAAUGGAAGCCUACUGCAGUCCUAAACUUCAUCUGGUUACCAACUGCAUGGAACAUGCAUUGACUGCUGUGCAUCCUCGCUUCCGCUACUCAGCUGGUUGGGAUGCCAAACUCUUUUACCUCCCUAUAAGCUACCUGCCAACUAAGCUAACAGAUAUGCUAUUUUUGUGGUCUUGCUCUCAACCAAAAGGAAGCCAUUAGAGUGGAGAGAUGUUAGUUAUCAAGAGGAAAGUUUGACACUGAUGGAUUGAGUUUGGAAACCUAUUGUUUUUAGAAUCUUUCAUUCUUGGGAGGGUUUUUAUGGGCUCUCCUUUUUAUUAUAUGAUGCUUGUUUCCAGUAUACUGUAUAUCUUAAAUUAUCUUUCCAUACAUCAGGCCAGUUCCCUUGUUACAUAGUUAUUGUGGGUACGGGUAUUCCCACUUCUAUCCUUUGUAGAAGUGAUGCUUAUCUAGAAUUUUGACUCUAAAGUAUUAUCAGGGCAAGAGCAUACAAAAUUUCCCUAAAUCAAAUAGGACCAUUGAUCUGUCCAGCUUAGUAUGGUAUCUUGGAUCUUUGAGGUCCUGAUAAUUGGUGACAGGAAGGAUGUACCACCAAAUGUCUGUCACUAAACUAUGGUUGGGAACUGCCAUAGCUGUGCAAUAAUAGGACAUAGAUCCCAUUGUUCCGGAUGGGUUCAAAGACUGCAGAGGAUUCAAUAGUCUGUAGGUAGAUGGUCUCCUGACUGCGUUCUGUUAAUUGGAGAACUAAUCUACAAGGGAAACUUGCUCUGAGACUAACUAUUUCAGGCACACUUAGGAAAUUCUUACACUUCUGUACAUUUUUUACUCACUUGGUUUUCUCAGACUCUCCAGGGUUACUGCAAGGUUAUUCCCAGACUCUCCAUCUGCCAGAGCCCUCUUGAAAGCCAGCUUUACUAUUUGUUGCUUAGCUUAUUCGCAGCUCUUUCAGACCAAUCAGCAUAAGUCCUAACCAAAUUAUGCUGAUCACCGUAAGUCCUAACCAAAUUAACCUUGCUGGAGCGAUUGUGUUAAUCUGCCUUUUGUCUAUAUGGUGGAAAUCACAAUAUUAAACAAUGUAUGUUUUAGCUUCAUUUUUAACAUCAUCGUGAUGGUAACAUCAUCGUGAAAUAAAACAUAAUAAUUUAGUUGAUGUGGCCCAUGUGAACUUCUCUUCCUUUGAAAGUGAAGCAAUCUGAAAACUUAAAAGAAUUAUAAUGAUGCAGGAAAAAAGGGAGAGGAGGAAAA